AUGUCAUCGCCACAGCCACCAGGUACAAACAAUCAGCCACAAAAGAGCGCUCGUGAUACGGCGAAGACUUUCAACAAGUUCGCAAAGCGUGACCCAUCACUUUAUCCGCUCGCAGGAAUUAUCGGCUCAAUCGUCGUCGUCGCAGGAUUCUUCUUCAUGUCGAAAGCUGAUUCCACCAAGGGCGAACGUAAGUUUGCUUCACAGACUUGGGCAGACAGGCUCUCAAACAAGGAUUCUUCAUUAAACGAAUACAAAGAGGAGUUCAGAAAGGCGGCGGGGCGUCAGUCUCUGUCCGUAUCCACGAAUCAUAACAAUGGCGGUGUACUGAGUAACACACGCGCACAGCAGGCACAACUCAAACAACCUCCAUCAAGAUGUGGUCUCGUUGGUAAGAAUUCUGAUCCUGUACCUCAGAAUGACGUUGGUAUUGGUAAAGGCAGGCCUUCUACUUUACGACACAACAGACAAGUACAAUCAAUUGACCUCUCAAAGCGAUUCUCAUCUGCUGAGACGCUGUCCUCACCCUCACCACCCUCUUCUUCCUCUUCACCUUCUUCAUUGUCAAUUAACUCCACACAAUCACCCACACGCUCUCCAAACCUCCCUUGGAGGCAUCCCCACACGCGCAAAGCUUCAAACCUUUCCACUCCCACUCCCACAUCUUCUACCAUGCAGGAUAACUCAACCUAUCAUAAACUGAAUCGCAACCUCAAAACACCCCUACUUCCGAACCACGAGAAGAUUCUAUGGGCGACUGCUCAACUUUGUGGCAAAAUUGAGCUCAAUCGCUCGCUGAUAAAGAGGAGCACCAUGACUAACCGCAGAUCGUCAAAUGUACUCGGUGGAGGUGUCCUGGACGAUGUAAAAGCAAAUCCCCACAAACGCAGCAGUACACUGUUCAAUUUCAGCCUCACGAACUGGUUCAACCACCUCAACAACUCGUCAAACUCAAACGACACCUCCAACACAACACUAUCGAUUUGGGAAACUAGGAGAUCUGUCUUGGUUGUUGAUAAAGUGCUUUCACCUAACCAAGACACCACAAUCACUUUUCAACACACUCUGCCGAUAACUUUACCACCCAGCUAUCACGGCAAAAUUGGUAAAAUAACCUACGAGUUUGUUGUAGGUACUAAUAAACAAAAUGGAAAUGCUCGCGUUAUCAAAAUACCAAUAAAAGUACUCCCAAAUGUCACAAUUGAUGAGGAAAGCAGGAGGUUUGAUGUCCUCAAACCUAUAAUGGAAAUCAACGAAGAAGCGAUAGUGAAGGGUGGUGACGUUGGUUAUGGCAGUGGUGCUGACAAGCAGGUAGUCAAAGCAAAUACCCCAACAAACACCCCACCAUCAAACACACCCUCAAACAGCUGCUUCGAAAAGGCUUACAAAUACGCACAAAAGCUUUAUUUAACAACUUACGACUCAAUGCAAAGGAGUAGUUCAACUAAUUCGUCCGGAUACGACGGUCCUUUUGAAAAUGCAGAUAUUGGCACCAGGGUCAGUGAGCAAUGUCGUACAGCAAUAGGAAUUAGUUCGAGGAACUCACAGAAGGUCACCUACGAAAUCACCAAGGAUGAUCUCAAUAUCGCUAUUCUCUCCAUAGUCAAGUCUACAUUUAGAUUGGGUGAGAGUGUGUUGGGUAAGAUAUCAAUAAAUAAACCCAAUACUAUGUGCGGUAAGGUUUUGAAGUUAUCAGCUACACUGGAAAGUCACGAAAUUGCGAAUGAGAAUUAUGCAAACCUCAAUCAAAAGCAUACGAUAAACGCUACGCGUAAAGUACAUUCAGAAUUUCAUCAACCUCUCGCAAUCGACUUGUCCGAAAUAGGUUUUUCGCUUGAUGUACCUUCACACCAAUCAUCAGAUUUCAAGACAUCUAUCUUUGAAGUAAAGUGGAUUAUCAAGCUGUCAUUUUUAGUAAUAAUACCAGUAAUUGUGGAGGACCCGCAAGCACUCUCACCCAGACCAUCAAUAGGCAGCCUCGAUUCAUCCCCACUACCCACGCCAAUUCUUCAGCCUAUGCCACGCACUCCAUUCACAUCCUCAAGCUCAACAUCAACGCCAUCUUCCCCAUCUACUACUAAUCUCAAUCUCGGUAAUGGAUUUUGCGCGAAAAGUGUAAAUCACCUUGUCAACGUGGAUCACAUACCCAACUCGUUCAGGUCGCAGGAUAGAUUAGGAGGCGGGGAUGGAAAAGGGAAGGAAGAGCUGAUUCAAUGCCAGAUACCACUGAAUGUUUUACCAAAUUCAACAGACUACGAACCCGAAUUGUGUAAUAUACUACUUUGA